CACACGCACACGCGCGCACACAUGCGGGCACGCGCCCCGCCCCGCUCCCUACCCGCCGUAGGCCCCGAAGGUGAAGCUGCGCUUCCGGCCGCUCAUGGUGCCGCCGCCGCCGCCCGGCCCUGCCCGCGCGAGCCGGAGCCGCCUUCCCGCGCCCGGGUCACCUUGGCAACGCGGCUGCCCCGCCCCCGCCACAGCUCGAGUCCGUCCGCGCCCCCGCGGGCCGCGGUCCAGCUGCCGGGGGCCGCUGGCACAGAAAGAGCCGCUUGUUCGCGCCGCCCUGGGCCGGCCGGGCGGGGGCUUCGCGGGACUUUCCGAGCCGGGCCCGGCCCGGCGGGGGGUGCGGGGCCCGGGGCAGCCCCUCCCCCACCCCCUUCCUCCCCCGCCGCCGCCGCACCCCAUUCGGCCGCAGACCCUCUGCUGGGGGACGCCCUCCUCCCGCCCCCUCGAGCCGCUGCGCUCCUCGGCGGAUCCGUCCCCAACAUCAGGAGCUGGGAGCUCCCUCCCGGCCGGGCGGAGACCUCGGAAGCCUGGUUCUGCACGGCGGGCAUGUCCCAUCCCUCCCUGUCCCUCGAAUUUCUCAUUCGUAAAGUGAGAUUCCUCCCGCAGGCCUCCUAGGACCUGGGGGUGACGAAGUGAAUUCACGCACGUAAAGCGCUGGGCCCAGGCCCUGGCGCACAGCUUAAUAAAUGCCGGCUACAGGAAAUCCCAGAGGGGACAGGCAUUCAGCCCUUCCCGCGACCGAACCAGUGAAGGAAGAACAGUCUCCAAUAGCCGCUCCUUGCCGACCUGUCUCCCUUUCUCCCAGGAGCCCUAGUGAGGGUGGGGAGCUAAGGGAAGGGGUGGAGAUGCCCCACCCCCCACUCUUGGAAACUCCUGCAGCCCAGGUCCCAGCCGUUAGAGGGAACUGGGCUCUGAGUUCUGCAGCAGGUUCUCUCAAUCAUUCAACAAACACUCCAAGUCCCUCUUCUGCACCCAGCUCGCCCAGAGUUCACAGUCCAGUGUUCUUCCUCACACAAACUGCAGGCACAGAUGUAGCCGGGAUGAGGGCGGAAGAAUGACCAAGGGCACAAGGACAGGGUGGCAGGGAUUCUUCAGAAGCCUUUCGGGAGCUGUUCCACCUGGGACCUGGGCCUGGGCUUGAGGAGCUCCAGCAUCCCUGGGAAACGACGGGUCUGGGUAUCAGGCCCCGCAGUUUGUCUCACCUAAGCGGGGUAUGCGGCCCUGCGGUUCCCCCACUUCAGACAUGAAAGAGGCUGAUAUCCUAGCUCACACCAAUUACUUCUCUCUUGCGAAUCUGCUCUCAGCCCCCACUCGGCUCCCACCCAGGGCCUUUUCUCUGCACAUUCUGGGAGGUGCAGGAGUCAUCAAGAGCCCCUCGUAGGGUUCAAAGCCUGGGCAGGGCAAACAUUUCCUCACUCCCAGAACUAUGUCCCUUAGUUUUCGGCCCUCAGGGGAGGGUCUGGCUCCCCCUUGCAAGGUGCUCUGGAGCCUGGGCUGGGCCCCUUCUGCUCUGACCAAGGCUGCAGAUUCCUUGGGGGGAGGAAUCACGCCAGGACAGUGUGGGAAGCAGCCUGGGAGGGCUCCUGAGGGGUUGGUCCUGGGAGCACUGAGAUUUGCCUGAGAAGGGAGGAACUUCCCUCCUUCCUUCCUUCCCUCCUUCCUUUCUUCCUUCCUCCCUACCUCCCUUCCUCCUUCCCCCCUCCCUCCCUUCCUCCUUCCCUCCCUCCCUUCUUCCUUUCUAAGUAGAGGCAGCAGCAGCAGGGGCUCUCAGAGGUGGGAGGCAGUGGGGUAGAGGACUGAAGAGCUAGGCCUGGGCUGUGGGGAUGUGCACUGCCUGGGCUGGGGCCUGGAUUCCAGCCACAUCUGGGCUGCUGCACCCCCCUUAGACAUGGACCUACACCUCGCCACUCUUUUCAGUGGGAAUGAUUCCUGAGUGGUUCUGUAUGCCCAGUUGGCAGAGGGGCCAAGGGGCUGCCAUCGUGCCAAGUUUCCCAGCCGGGCCUGGCCCCCGGGAGGCCCUGCUGGUACUGGGACAGUGGGCCCUUGAGAGGGGCCCUAGGGGCUGCAGGGUUCCCACUGAAGACAAAGAGCCCAGUGUGGGCUCCAGCCUCUCUCCUCAGACCAGCUGCAGCUGCCUCAUUGGCAAGGGAUGGGGGUGGGGGUAGGAGUGGCAGUGGUUAGUGGGGCUCACGUUCCCUUUGCCAGGGUUGCAGCAGGACAUUCCCUGACCAGCUCCUGGUCCCUUGGUGACAGCUGAAUUUAAAUGCACCUUGUUAACCUACAAGACCACGUCCAAGAAUUUACCCUCUGCGUCAUCGCAUGUGAACCUGUAGACAAACGGCAAGGACACGGGACAUUGAGACAUGUGCUUAUAUCUUCACCCUUGAAGGCUAAAAUCUCAGCUCUCCAACUUGUCACCUGUGUGACCUUGGGCAAGUUAUUUAAGCUUUCUGUGCUUCAGUUUAUUCAUCUGCAAAAUGGGGUUGGUAAUGAAAAUAACUACCUACUUCAAAGGGUUUUGCCAAGGAUGAAAUAAGUUAUUGAUGAUAAAGCAUCAAGAAUAGUUGAGUUUUUGCUACUCAACAUGUGUUGUUAAAUAAAACAUUUGCUGGCUGAGCACGGUGGUUCACACCUGUAAUCCCAGCACUUUAGGAGACUGUAUAGGGAGGAUCACUUGAGACCAGGAGUUGGAGACCAGCCUAGGCAACAUAGUGAGACCUCGUCUCUACAGAAAGUCUAAAAAUUAGCUAAGUGUGAUGCUGCACAUAUACAGUCCCAGUGACUAGAGAGGCUGAGGUGGGAGGAUUGCUCAAGCCUGGUAGGUUGAGGCUGCAGUAAGCCCUGAUUACACCAUUGCACUCCAGCCUGGGUGACUGAGCAGAUAGAGAUUCUGUCCAAAAAGAAAAGAAAAAGAAAGGUCAGGCAUGGUGGCUCACACCUGUAAUCCCAGCACUCUGGGAGGCCGAGUUGGGUGGAUCACUUGAGGUCAGGAGUUCGAGACCAGCCUGGCCAACAUGGUAAAGCCCUGUCUACUAAAAUACAAAAAUCAGCCACGCAUGGAUGUGGGCGCCGGUACUACUAUCUACUUGGGAGGCAGAGAUUGCAGUGAGUGCAGAGUGCCCCUGCACUCCAGCCUGGGCGACAGAGCAAGACUCAAUAAAUGGCCACCAGAGGAAAUUUGAGAAAUAUAGUCCAUGUAUGCCUUGCAGUACCAUGCAGUUAUGGGAGAGAUCUGUGUGUGAGCAUGUGGAAUGGCCUCCAGGACUGACACACACACAGAGGCAGUGUGACAGGGACCAGCGCUGGACCAGACUCUGAUGCUUCCUAGCUGUGUGACAUCAAACACAUUAGUAAACAUCCCGUGACACUGGCCUCAUUGGCCCACUGUGACAGGGAGAUCACUGCUCCGCAGUCAGCACAGGGUGCUUGCUGACUGGCACUGGGAAGUCACUGCCAUCUUUGAAGGAGGUUGAGCCCCCUUAUUCCUUGGCCUCCAGCUUCUUACCUAGAAAACAGUGCCAGGCUGCUUUCUAGGGUCCAGGCCCUCCCUCUGGGAGGAAGCCUCCCCGCUGGGCCUCCUAGAUUUGUACCCAAGC